CUGAGGGGGAGAGCUACCAUCAACUUCAGCACCUGGGCAGCGACCUUCCUGGGACUGACAGUCUUUCAGAACUCGUCAAAAUAAUGUGAUAAACGGCAGUUGUGCGACGUGAGGUUCGAUGAUGUGGUUCGAAGACUUCUUCUAAGAUACCUUGCAAUUGACAAGGAAUGUAGAGUGCUAGUACGGGCGAGCUUAUGAGAAGCAGUUGUAUUGUGCGUUGCUGUGGAGAACCUGAGGAUAGACCGCAGAGGCAGCAUCUUCGUAGUUAUUUAAUACAACAUAACGGGGGAAAAAAAAAAAAAAAAACCUAGACCGAGUGGGACUGCCUGUAGUGUGUGCAUGGCAAAUUCGACUACUUUUGUUGAAGGAAAGCAAGAGACAAGACGCUUUGUUUAUUGUGCUUGCUGCAGUGGGGAAGUGAAGAUGCUGCGGCUUCCUGGACUCAGGAUAACGCUCGUGCUCUGGAUUUUCAGCCGCAUCAGCAGCUUCAGUGCAGCCCUCCCGGCAUCCCAGAAAUGUGAUGAACAAUUGUCCACACCGCUUUCCCACAACUCCUUUACGAGUUCUUCUAUGUUGGCUGGCAGUUACGCCCCGGGGUAUGCAAAACUAAACAGAAGAGGAGGUGCCGGCGGCUGGUCUCCAUUGGACAGUGACCAUUAUCAGUGGCUGCAGGUGGAUCUUGGGAGCAGGAAGCAAGUUACUGCCAUAGCAACGCAGGGUAGAUACAGCAGCUCUGAUUGGGUGACCCAGUACAGACUUCUCUAUUGCGACACUGGAAGGAACUGGAAACCAUACCAUCAAGAUGGCAAUAUUUGGGCAUUUACAGGCAACACAAACACUGAGAGUGUGGUCCGUCAUGACCUGCAGCAUGCAUUCGUUGCUCGCUUCCUGCGAAUUGUGCCUCUUGACUGGAAUGGUGAAGGUCAGAUUGGAAUGAGAAUUGAGCUCUUUGGCUGUCCAUACUGGGCCGAUGUUAUUAACUUCGAUGGCCAUGGGGUGAUAUCAUACCGAUUCAGGUAUAAGAAAAUGAAAACCCUGAAGGACGUCAUUGCCCUCAAGUUUAAAACCUCGGAGAGCGAAGGUGUUAUCUUCCAUGGCGAGGGACAGCAAGGAGACUAUAUUACCCUGGAGCUCAAGAAAGCAACGCUGGUGCUGCAGUUAAACCUAGGGAGUAAUCAGUAUGACUCGAUAUUUGGACACACAUCUGUGACGACAGGAAGUCUCCUGGAUGACCAUCACUGGCACGCUGUCAUUAUUGAACGAUACGGGCGGAACAUCAAUCUGACGUUAGACAGACAUGUGCAGCAUUUCCGCACUAAUGGGGAUUUCGACCACCUAGACUUGGAUUAUGAGCUCAGCUUUGGAGGAAUGCCUUUUUCUGGGAAACCAAGUUCCAGUAGCAGGAGAAAUUUCAAAGGUUGCAUGGAGAGCAUCAACUACAAUGGGAAUAACAUCACUGACCUUGCAAGGAGGAAGAAGCUAGACACUUCAAGCGUGGGUAACCUGAGUUUCUCCUGUGUCGAGACCCAUGCAGUGCCUGUCUUCUUCAACGCUACCAGCUACCUGCAGCUCCCCGGCCGUGCCAACCAGAAUGAAAUGUCUGUCAGCUUCCAGUUCCGCACAUGGAACCCCAGUGGCCUGCUUCUCUACAGCACCUUCGCUGAGGGUCUUGGGAUGGUGGAAGUUGACUUGAAUGAAGGCAAGGUCAGCGCCCACAUUAACCUCACACAAACAAAGAAAAGCCGAAUUGACAUUUCGUCAGGCUCUGGACUUCAUGAUGGUCAGUGGCACAAUGUGCGUUUCCUGGCCAAAGAAAACUUUGCCAUGCUCACCAUUGAUGGAGAUGAGGCCUCGGCUGUACGGACAAACAGUCCACUCUACAUUAAGACUGGAAAUAAAUAUUACUUUGGAGGAUACUUUCCACAAAUGAGUAACUCCAGUCGAUCUCCGGUGCAGCGCUCUUUUCAAGGCUGCAUGCAGCUCAUUCAUGUGGAUGAUCAGAUGGCCGACCUGCACGCUGUGGAGCAAGGCAAGCUGGGAAGCUUUGAGAACGUCAGUAUCGACAUGUGUGCCAUCAUAGACAGGUGUAUGCCCAAUCACUGCGAGCAUGGCGGCAAGUGUACUCAGACCUGGGACAGCUUCAGGUGCAGCUGUGAGGGGACAGGCUACACUGGGGCCACCUGCCAUAAUUCUAUCUAUGAACAGUCCUGUGAAGCAUACAAACACCUUGGGAAGACGUCAGAUGCUUAUUGGAUAGAUCCAGAUGGAAGUGGACCACUUGGACCAUUUAAAGUGCACUGCAAUAUGACAGAGGACAAGGUUUGGACUACGGUAAUCCAUGAUUUGCAGCCUCAGACAUCAGUAAGCAGCUCUAGCCAGGAGAAACGGACUGUCCUGCAGCUCAACUACAGCGCCUCCAUGGAGCAGGUGUCGGCCAUCACCAUAAGCGCAGAGCACUGCGAGCAGUAUGUCUCCUAUUCCUGCAGGAUGUCAAGGCUGCUCAACACCCCAGAUGGUACCCCGUAUACAUGGUGGGUAGGGAAAGGCAAUGAGAAGCAUUUUUACUGGGGAGGUUCUGGUCCAGGGAUUCAGAAGUGUGCCUGUGGAAUUGAGCGGAACUGCACUGAUCCAAAAUAUUACUGCAACUGCGAUGCAGACCAGAAACAGUGGAGAAAGGACAGUGGACUUUUGACCUACAAGGACCACUUGCCAGUCAGCCAGUUGGUUGUUGGAGAUGCCAAUCGACCAGGUUCUGAGGCAAAGCUGGAUGUUCGACCUUUACGUUGCCAAGGAGACCGUAAUUAUUGGAAUGCUGCUGCCUUCAACACUCCCUCUUCCUACCUGCACUUCUCAACCUUCCACGGAGAGACCAGCGCGGACAUCUCCUUUUACUUCAAAACUUCUGCCCCUUAUGGUGUGUUUCUAGAAAAUUUGGGCAAUACAGACUUCAUUCGUCUGGAGCUAAAAUCUCCUACAGAGGUCUCCUUCUCCUUUGAUGUUGGAAACGGACCUGUUGAACUCCUCGUCAGGUCAUCCACACCGCUGAAUGAUGACCAGUGGCACAGGGUCAUGGCAGAACGCAACGUGAAGCAGGCUAGUCUCCAGUUGGACCAGCUGUACAAGGAGGUGCGACAGGCUCCACCACAAGGACACACCAGGCUGGAGCUCUACAGUCAGCUCUAUGUUGGUGCUGCAGGAGGACAAAAAGGCUUCCUUGGAUGCAUCCGUUCCUUGAAAAUGAACGGUGUGACCCUUGACCUAGAGGAGAGGGCGAAGGUCACCCCUGGGGUGAAGCCUGGCUGUUCCGGCCACUGCACCAGCUAUGGGAUGUACUGUCGCAAUGGGGGAAAGUGUAUAGAGAAGUACAAUGGCUACUCAUGUGACUGUUCCAAAACUGCAUAUGACGGACCUUUCUGCACUAAAGAUGUGGGUGGCUUCUUUGAAACUGGAACCUGGAUAAGAUACAACUUUCUGACACAGGCAGCAGCAAGCAAGGACAGUCUGCAGAGUUUUCCGCAGGCCUCUACGAAUUUGAACCUGACCAGGGAGGACCUGGCAUUCAGCUUUAGCACCACCAGUACUCCCAGCCUUCUCCUCUACAUCAGCUCCUACGUGCAAGACUAUCUAGCUGUUGUACUCCACCAAAAUGGAACUCUGCAGAUUAGGUACAACCUGGGUGGCACGAAGGAGCCUUUCAAGAUAGACGUGGACCACAGGAACAUGGCUAAUGGACAACCACACAGUGUGAAUAUCUCCAGGCACGAGAAAAACAUCCAGCUGCAGCUCGACCACUACCCCUCAGUGAGUUACACCCUACCGGAAUCUUCUGACGUCCAUUUUAACUCAAUCAAGACACUGUUUCUUGGCAGAGUCCAUGAAACUGGAGAAAUCGACCCAGUUAUAAUCCAGAAGUACAACACGCCAGGUUUUUCUGGCUGUCUGUCAAGAGUGCAGUUCAACCAGAUCUCACCGCUAAAGGCUGCCUUGAGGCCUCGCAUCCCCUCUCCUGUCGGAGUCCAAGGACAACUGGUGGAAUCCAACUGUGGGGCCUCCCCUCUGACCAUUCCUCCAAUGUCGGCCGCCACUGAUCCCUGGCGUCUAGACUCAGCGAGUGCUGAUUCCCCUUUUAAUGAAGAAAGGGUGAUACCAGGUGGAGUGAACAGAAACUCUGCAAUAAUUGGAGGUGUCAUUGCGGUUGUGAUCUUCACGAUUCUGUGCACCCUGGUGUUCCUGAUCCGCUACAUGUUCCGCCACAAGGGGACCUACCACACCAAUGAGGCCAAGGGGGCGGAGUCUGCCGACACCGCUGAUGCUGCCAUCAUGGGCAACGACCCAAACUUCACAGAAACCAUUGACGAGAGCAAAAAGGAAUGGUUCAUCUGAUGGGAUGUUGAUGGGGGGAUGGGGGGGGGGGGGCAAUUUGAAAAGCAUUGUACUCUAAGCAGUUUUGGUACAGUAAUGAAGAUCAGCACAAGCGAGAGUCGAGAAACAAACUGUAAAUUGUGACUCGCCCCUAAAGAUUUUACUUUGUGUUUGAGGAGUCAACAAAUAUAAAUUCCAUUUUGAAAUCUGGAAACCCAUCAUUAUUUCCAUUAUUUUACUUCGUGUUUUUUUUUUUUUUUUUACCAAAAAAAGCUUCCAAACAUAUUUAAGAAAAUAUAAAAGUAUAGUGUACAAAACACAAUGUAUGCCAAAUGCCCUGUGUAAAUAAUUAUUUAAACCAUACUACAUGUGAAAAAAAAAAAAAACUUUACAAAAACAAAUGACAUUUAGAUUGUAUUUAAAAGCUAUAGCAGGUGUUACUGUGAGGAGAAAUGUGGCAUGCUACAAGUUGCAGGUAAUAAUCCUUUCUUUGCACAGUUGCAUUUUUUUUAUUUUUUUUAAAUGUGAAUUUCUUUUUAUUUAAAUGAAAAGUAUUGUACCCCUUUUUUUAGUUGCCAAAUAUUUAGCUUUGUGCAAAUUGAGUUGCCAAAUACUCGGCUUUAUCAUAGUUAAUAAAAUACUGCCCUGUUUUUAUCAUUUUUAGUACUCCAUGGGGUCUAUAUAAAAACAAAAGUAUUGUUUUGCUAACUUACAACCUUCUAUAUUAAUUGGUUUUUAUGAAUACACAUUUUUCAGAAACAAAGAGGCCACAGAGGAAAUUCUAGUGCUUUGCCCUGUACACCAAUCAGGACCGCUGCCAUAAAUGAGAAGGGGGGCCAAUACUGCCAAAUAGAUGGUCAAAUGAGCAGGAAUGGCAUGUGCUAAAUAACUGUAUAUGAGCAAAAUAUUGAUUUGUAUUUCUAAAAGAAUAACAUGGCCCUAGUAGGAAUCUUACUGCAACCCUCUACCCUCAUUUCAUUACACCGGUCUUCUAAUUGAGCCAUCGGCUCACGUGGCAUCCCAUUGGCCAUUAUUCUAGUUUCUUUAGGUACAGCACCCCUGAACACGUACCCUUUAGAAAUCAACUCAUCUAAUGGAAUUUCCUUCCAAAGAAGUGUUGAUUUGUAAAUUGUGAUGACUUCAUCUUUCACUUCUCACAUUUAAAUAAAGUGACCAAUGUUGGUGUCUGUUUGGCAUUGUCUGGCUCCCUGCGUUAAUGCUUUGAUGAAACGAUGCUACUUGUGUUUGGUUUGCUUUUGUAUUUUUUUAGCCCUAGGAAGGUGGGUCUCCUCAUCCACUAAAGUUACUAUCAUUAAACAUACACCCAAAUAUUUUUUUGCCAUAUUAACCUGCGUUCCGUUUAAUCAUACAACUACAAUGCUGGGACAAAAAAAAAAAAACAUUGAUAGAAAUAUUUUAUUAUGCAACCAAACUAUCCCAGCACUAACAAAACAAUGCCCAGCUCUUCCCAUUGAUUCUUCGGAUAAUAUCGGCCCCUGAACACCUUGCAUUCCAUGUCCUUGACUAAGGUGUCCUCUACAGUGCAUGCCUCUAAUUCCUAAUACACUAGUAGUCUAUCUGAUCAGCAGUAACUUGCUGUUGCGCAUAUCUGCUUACACAGUACAAAGCCUUGCUUGACAUGCCAAAACAGAGCCUAGAUGCACUCCUAAUGUAACUAGGAAAUGCUGCUGAUGUGUUGGCAUUAUCUAUCAAUGAAUAAUGUUUUGGUUUUGUGUUAUUAUUUUUUCCUGGUGGUUGGUGAGUGUGCAUAUGAGAUCCCAUCGUUGCAAUGUGAUUACCACUGGUGCAGGAAAGCUAUGGAUUCCUUCUCAUGAUAUUUUCUAAAGGAAUAUGCAUGUCUUGCUGGUGCAAGCAGGGGGCACUCUUGCUCUUGUCAUAAUUGUCAAGAUACACCAUGGCAACAGUAUAACAACAUCAAAGACAAUAUUUGGAGCACAUUUUACUGAGCAAUGUGUACCAUGAAGAUUGUGACGCAUUAUUGACAUUAAUAAUUUUACAGACUAUGAGGAAGUAUCAUACAAGCAAUUCUGCCAAGUGGUUUCACUUUGACUGGUAGAUGCAGUUUUGUUUCUGGCCUCACAAUGUACAUAUCAUCCAUUAUUUAUGUUUUUUUUUUUUCAAAAAAAAGAUGUUUUAUAAAUGAGCAUAAUGUUAGCUAUGUUUAUUAUUAGCCUUUCCUGCUCAAGCAUUGUUUGUGUGUAAACGUGACUAGCUAUUAAUUACUGCAUACAGAGGUAGAUCAUUCAGUUAUUUGAGGAGAGCUUUUUUUAUGUGUUUACAUUAUUUUUGCAUGCUGGCAGACUUCUAGGGGUAUAUUGUGAUAGAGCAGGAGUACAGUUUAGAUUUCAGAGAAGGAAACUGGUCUAUUGUAAUCCUCAUUAGGAAAUAAUUAAUUAACAUUUUACAUUGAAACAGUGUCCCCUUUUCAAUUUCUAAUGAGGGACGUGGCACAUUAAUGUAUUUCUAUUUUUUUUUUUCGCUUUUAUUGAUUCCAUGUGAUUAAAUACAAUUACGUAGGCAGAGUAUGAUCCCCAUAUGUAAAUAUAUAUAUGGUGUGUAUGUAAAUAUAUACAUGCCAUGCAGUUUAUUGACGGUUUUAUUGAUACAUUGUGUAAACUGUUUCAUGAUUCAUGAGUUGAGUAUUGAAAUCAUUUUAGCAUAGCAGCAGAGAAAUGGACAAUCAUUGAUGUAAAAAGGUAAACAUUUCAUUGAGCUUACUGAAAUAUUAAAACAGUAUCAUUAUAUUGCCUGGAUCCCAAAGGGUAAGAAAAUUGGAUAUAGAGAAUUUGAGAGAUGCCAUCAGAUUUUCAAUGUGACCCUUAAUGAAUUUUAGAAAACUAUGAAGGUAUAUGCCUCAAAAGGAGUUAAAUAGUUGCGAUACAAGUCUUAUUAUGUUAUCAGAAACACCCCUGAAUAGAGACUGUCAGUAUUCGAAAGUGAAGUUUAUAGCAGCAUUGCCACUGUUAGCUGUAUACAGUACUACUGCAUAUUCAUUUUCCAAGACUCCUGAAGAGGCUUUCUGUAUGUUACUGAAGAUAGCCUUCACAGUUCUCUAUGGUGGGAGUCAGGGGAAUUAACUGUACUUAGUCAUAGAGCUAUUAACUGAAAUACUGGUAAAUAUGUUUUAUAUAUCACAAUGUUGUUGUUAUUAUUAAUGUAUCUGCACUAUCAGCCACCCUGUAUAAACUGGUUGAAACCCCUUUUGAGGUAUCCUUUCACAGUUCUAAGUGAAUGUGGGUCGCCUUGCCUCUCUUUCAGGUUUUAGCAAAUGUAUGAAAGUGUUUGGAAAGCUAUAAAGGCUUCUGUCUUUCUUUUUGACCAAGUGGGGAAAUUACAAGACCAUAUCAAAUCCCACUGCAAUGUUAGCCUUUAAAAAUGGGACACUGGCUCUUUAAGAGACAUCAGUGUUUGUGAUUUCUUUAUUAUAAUUAUUUUAAAAGAGCUUACAUAAUCUGUCUGGCCUUAUUUGGAGUAUGUACUGUGGUUUGGUAUAAAGUAACAACAUUAAAAGAGCCUUGCCAUAAA